GGACACAGAAGAAGAAUGAAUGAAAGAGGGUGGUGCAGCAAGGAAAGUUGUUUGCCUUUAAAUUGAACGUUUUAAGCUGCGGCGAGAGCCAUUGAAAAAGGAGGAGAGAGAAGCAGAGAGAGGUGUGUGCGUGCACAGUCUGCGGUCACAGAUAUCUGGAUCUGGAUGCUCGGCUGCAGACAAAUAAUCUUCCGUCUCAGAUCCGCCAUAAGAUCGCAUAUACUGUAUUGGAGAAGAGAUGAAGACUGGCAAGAAAUCGAUUAUAGCUUUCAUCAAGGAAAGAAAAAUGGGUUUGAAUGAUUUCAUACAGAAGUUGGUGUCCACGCCUCAUAUCUGUCAGCAUGUUGAAGUCAACAACUUCCUGAAGAUUGAUGAGAAUCAGAACGAAGAGGUUGAAAAUAAUCUGCUUCCUGAAAGAACGAUGUUCCUAAAUUCGCAAACUUCACUGGCUGAGGACACUCAGAUCAAACCAUGUGACUUUGACUACCUCAAGAUCAUCGGCAAAGGCAGCUUUGGAAAGGUUCUGCUAGCACGACACAAGGAGUCCACUAAAUAUUAUGCAGUCAAAGUGCUACAGAAGAAAAUUAUCCUCAAGAAGAAAGAGCAAAAGCAUAUCAUGGCAGAACGUAGUGUCCUCAUGAAAAACAUCAAGCAUCCCUUCCUGGUGGGGCUACACUACUCCUUCCAGACGACUGACAAGCUUUACUUUGUACUUGACUACGUUAAUGGCGGAGAGCUCUUCUACCAUCUUCAGAGAGAGAGGAUCUUCUUGGAGCCCCGAGCCAGAUUUUAUGCUGCUGAAAUUGCAAGUGCACUUGGCUACCUCCACUCCCUACACAUUGUGUACAGGGACUUGAAGCCUGAGAACAUCCUGUUAGACUCACAAGGCCACAUUGUCCUAACCGACUUUGGUCUCUGCAAAGAGGGACUUGAACCCAAUGGCACGACAACAACAUUCUGCGGAACGCCUGAGUAUCUGGCUCCUGAGGUUCUCCAGAAGCAAGCCUAUGACCGUACAGUUGACUGGUGGUGUCUGGGAUCUGUGCUGUAUGAAAUGCUCUAUGGACUCCCCCCGUUCUACAGUCGCAACACAGCUGAGAUGUACAACAACAUCCUGCAUAAGGCUCCUGUACUCAAACCCAACGUGUCAAAUGCAGGCAGGGAGCUGCUGGAGGGUCUCCUGCAGAAGGAUCGCACCAAGAGGCUGGGAGUGAAGGAUGAUUUUUUGGAAAUGAAGUAUCACUCCUUCUUCACGCCAAUCAACUGGGACGACUUGAUGGCCAAGAAGAUCACACCACCUUUCAUCCCUUCAGUGAGUGGUCCCACAGACUUGCGGCACUUUGACCCAGAGUUCACCCACCUGCCGGUGUCCUCCUCUCUGUGCAACGACACCCUGACGGUGACCAGCAGUGUCAAAGAAGCAGCGGGAGCAUUCCCAGGCUUUUCCUACGGGCCUCCAGAAGACCAUUCCUUUAUGUGAAUACCAGUAUACACACCUGAUCUUUUUUCUCCCAGAAACUACAGAAAAGCUCUGGAUUGAGAGUCUUAUUUUGGACACACUGCUGAAAGAGUCAAAUCUUGAAGGAUCUUGUACUCAUGUACCGAUUAGACUCUCGUGUUACAUCACUUGGCUUUACCAUCGAAAAGUGACUCCGUGUGCCAAGUACUGACGCCCUCUGGGGGUCGCUUAGCAUCACUCACUGGUGGCUGGACCUUACUUACAGCAAGGAUGUGACACAAAGAGAAGUGCCUGAGGCUUAAAAAAAAAAAAAAGCAAUUUGGACGGCACCUGCAAGAGUCAUCUUUUUCAAAUACUGUUCCACUCGGCUUUCGGCAGGGGCCGUUGAGGGUGAGGCCUUCAUUCCACGUUUGCAUAUAUUCAUAAUGCAAUUUCAUGUCAUGUCAAUGCUUUAUUGCACGUACGGAAACAUGGGUCAAAAAAAAAAGGUGACUGGUAAGGAUCAGAUUAUAUCUUUACUUUGGACCAAUUGUAACUUUUAACGUAACACUUUUUAUCAUUUCAUCAACAUCACUGUUUACCUGUUGAAAUAUACAAUAUAUAGAUUAAUGUCUCCCAGUGCAUAUAGAAAUAUAUUUAAUUAAAAUGUUAUUGACUUAAGUCCUUUUCUGAGAGUUUUAAUCUGUAUAUCUAAUUUAUUUUCAUGAUCAACCAGCAAUAACAUGUUUAAACGGUGUAUAUCAAUCAUCUUCAUUAGAAUGUUUUAGAGUGAACAUUCCAGGCAAACUAGAUACGUUACAGAUGUCUUUGUAUUUACUGUAUGCAUCACGUAGAGAACUGUGAAUGUUUUGUGCCUGUCCAAGGCGGCCUGACCCAUGUAUACUGUUUGUACACUACAUAUCUAUUUUCCAUUACCUGUUGUUCCCUCCUUUUAGAGAAUCUUUAUUUAUAUAAGUGCUUCAUUAACUUGACUAAGAACAACUAGAUGGAGGAGGCUUUGGCAGUAUAGCCGCAAGCCUUCUGCAUCACAGUUCUUAAAUGUGCAAUAAAAUCAUAGAGGAAUUAUCGAUGGAUCUUCCAGCAGAAUGGGAAUAGUAAUGUAUGUAACCUGAUGCAUUACUGUAUUGAAAAUGGAUGAUUUAUUGUUUGUAGAUAUAUUCAAAACGGAUGCAUGUAAAAGGUGCAUUUUCAAGCCUGCUGAAAAAAAAAGCACCCACCGCACUGUUGUACAUCAUUUUCUUCCAUAUUUGGAAGCGUUAUAUAUAUAUUUUUCUCUCUUUUGUAUUUCUAUAUGUAUUUAUUUUCUUGUCAUUGCUACUGGAUGAAGAAAAUAAUUGACAUGAAUUAAAUGUAACCUAAAAAAUUCUAAAUAAAAUCUCUUAACUAGAA